AUGCCUCCAACUGCAAAAACACAGCAGGAUUGUAUUUCUGUGAAUGCUGGGAUGGGUCUUAUUGCACUAGGGUCUCUUUGUGUGGAUCUAGAUGAAUGUCAGUCCAAUAGGGGUGGAUGCCAUCCUGCAGCCACAUGCUACAACUCCGCAGGUGGGUUUCAGUGCCAGUGUGGCAAUGGAUGGGAUGCCUCAAAAGGAAAUGGGAAUGGAAUGGAUGGAUGCAUAGACCGGAACGAGUGUUUAUCUCCUGACGUGUGUUAUGGCAACAGAAUAUGCACCAAUUUCAUAGGAUCUUACAGCUGUACCUGCUCUACCAGAGAUAGCUACUGCCCACAGCUGCCGCCAAUGGAACGUGACCUGUAUCCAUUUGGAGAGGAAGCAGGUGAUGCUGGGUUGCCAAAGACAGAGGCAGAUGGAAAUUCUCCAUACAUCACUCCUCCUGCAGGCUUUCCAUUCAUGGGCAAAAUAUAUGAGCGGCUGUUUUUUUCAGAUAAUGGAUUGGUGCAGUUUCAGUCGGUCAGUGAAAAUGAGAAACUGUUGCUCCCUGCUCCAUUCCCAGAGGGUUUCAAUGGUAAUGAGGGCCAUCCCAUGCUAGCUGCAUUCUGGGACGAUGCUGACCUUACCCUUGGGGAUGGAAAACUACUAUACCAGGAAUACAACUUGUUCAAUGUAUCUGACAUCUAUGCUGAGGCAAUAUUUCAACGAACAGCACAAGAUAUUAGCAACUUUGAGACUGAAAGAGACAAACCCCCCUUUUCCCCCUCCUGGAUACUGAAAAUCACAUGGGAUCACGUUUUGCCUGUGUCCUAUCAAAAGAUUAACUUUUCUGAGACCAACACCUUCCAGUGCAUUCUGACCACAGAUGGACUACGUUCCUUUGCCCUACUCCGCUACAGUGACAUGAACUGGGGUCCAGGACAGAGGACCAAUCAUGACGCUCUUAUAGGUUACACUGAUGGCAAAAGCAACUUUCACAAUGAGAUUCCAAAGCCACCAGACAACCUGUUUGGCUCAGGAGGGCGUUAUCGCCCCCAGACUGUCAUGGGUAACACAGGCAAACUGGGGCAGCUGGUGUAUGACCUGACAGGUUCUUCUGAAUCCAGCUCGGAUCCUCAGAGGCAGUGCCAGGUAUGGGCUUUCAAUGAGCCAGAUCCUAAAGAAUGGGCAUUAGGACUGGCACCAUGUCCCUGCACCCGUGUUCAAGCACAGGAGGACCUGGCUUUUAUCCUUGAGCCUGUCCCAUCAGAACAGAUGGCACAAGUGAGGGAUCUGAGAGCUCUUAGGUGGGGUGGCAACAGGGGCCGUGUCUUUCAGUCUGUCCUGUAUAACAAACAAAAGGCAGGAAAGAGAUGUGUAUUUGAUCCAGAGGGCCCCCUGCUGGCUGGUUACAGUGAACGGUACUUUACUGACGACAAGAUGCAACAACUUAUGGACAAGGAUCUUUUACCCUUCCAGUGGUGCUGUGUUCAGUCUUCUCUGUGUGACCUUUAUUUGGAAAAAAGACCACUUGAUCGGUGCCAAGGGUACAGUUGGAACAGCUCUGACAGCAGUAUACCUGGGAAUCGGGGGGCACCAGGCAUUGGCAUGGUAUACGGUAGUCUCCACUUUAUUACCUUUGACGGGAGUGAGUAUACCUUCAAAGGUUUGGGGGAGUAUGUUAUAGUCCGUCUCUCCUCCAGCUCGGGAUCAAACAUAUUCACCCUGCAGGGACAAACAGAUGUUCUAGUGGUCAACGGGCAGCCCAAACUUGUGUCAGCUCUAGUACGAUUAGCUGCCUUCUAUCAGGGUGCUGGAAAAGUGGAGUGGCGAUGUGCCGAAUCCGGGGAUGGACUUAAGGUCUUGGUUAAUGAUCAGGACAUUCCCGUGUCUGUUGGAGUGGUGCAUGUAAACGAGCAGGGCUUUGCGGUGCGCUGUACCUCUACGAGCCGCUGUGCAGUGGUGUACGGCGAGGGCCUGGACGUGCUCGUGUGGAGAGGCAAUGCUGGGAGGCUGAGCGCUCUGGUGGAGGUCCCGCAGAGGUUCUACAACCGUACACUGGGUUUGCUAGGACACUGGAACGCCAACAGGUCUGAUGACUUCCUGCUCUCCAAUGGCCGUAUGGUGCCUUCUGUAAACAACAACAUCCCCUCUGAACAGAGCCUGAUUCCCUUCGGGCAGUCAUGGGCUGUUCCUGUUCCAGAGAGUCUUCUGAUGUCACAGCCUCCUAGUGUUCCAUUCAAUCCCGUGAUGACAGAGCAACUGAUGUCCUCGGUGAGCCCAGAUGUCCUGGCCAAACACAGUCAGACCUGCCAGGGCAGCAUGCAGUGUGUGCAUGACAUCCUGGCCACGGGAAGCCUAGUCCUCGGCCAAGAUGUUCAGAAAGACCAGCAGCUGCUUCAGAGCCGAGCGCAAAUUUACGGAAACCUGCCACCCAUUGUGACAGAGCCAUUUGUUAUCAUGUGUAAAGUCAACAGUACAGUUAGAGUUCAGUUCAAGGCCCAGGAUCCGAACAAGGACCCGAUCACUUUCUCCAUUGCCUUACCGCGCUCUCCACGGGUCAACAUCGGCAGCAAUGACGGUAUCUUCACGUGGACCCCUUCUGGCAUUCAGCCAGUCAAUCUGACAGUUCAAGUGAGCGACCAAACAUCCAGCUCGGUGAUCACCCCUGUUCUGCAGCUCUGUAACUGUAUGAACGGAGGAAGCUGUCAGUACGACAGCGUGGUGGAGAACCACCUGCAGGGAAAGUUUCAGAUUGUGGGAUGUCUUUGUCCAUCGGGUUUCAGUGGCAAGUACUGUGAUAACAGAGCAGAUCCUUGUAAAGGCCAGCCCUGUUUUCCCGGUGUGGAAUGCAUAAGACAGAAAGAAGGAGAACCGUUCACAUGUGGACCGUGCCCUCCUCCGACCGUAUACCAGGGCAAACAAGGAUACAAGUGUUUUGAAAAUGACUUCUGCCUCCCUCCGUUCCCCUUCCCAUGUCAUCAGAUGGCAGACUGCACCAGCACUGGCUACAAUUACACAUGUAAAUGUAAGCGUGGCUACAAAGGCAACGGAAUACAGUGCGAAGAUAUUAAUGAGUGUCUGGACCCCUCGGCCUGUCCCAGCGCCAAGUUUGAGUGUGUGAACAUGCCUGGAUCAGUGCGCUGCUCAUGCCGUUAUCAGAAGACCAGAGACUCUGACAGCUGUGGCAAGUGGCUUUAA